CAAAAUUUGAAAUAAAAACAAACAAGUGUGAAUGAAAUUUAAUUAAAUUAACAGAAAAAGUGAAAUAUUAAGUGAAAUUUUGAAAAAAAUUAAAGUACGACGAACACCUUCUCGGAGUGAUUGGCAUGAAAACGGUGAUUUAAUACGAGCAAACAUGUCGACGACAACAACAACAUUGACAUUGGCAAUUAUCAAGCCUCACGUUUUAAAAAAUCCCUUCGCACUGCGCUGCAUCAAGCGUGCAAUUAAGGAAAAUCAUUUUACGAUCCGGAUACAGAAAACGAUUAGAAUGGACGAAAAAUUAGCGGAAAAAUUCUACGCUGAGCACAAAGGACGCUUUUUCUACAACAGACUCGUCGAAUUUAUGUGCAGCUCGCCGAUGGAAGUCCUCGUACUCGAAAGAUUCGACGCGAUUAACAAAUGGCGCGAAAUGUUGGGACCCACAAAAACCUUCAAAGCAGUUUAUAGUCAUCCUGAUAGCAUAAGAGCACUUUAUGGGUUGUCAGAUACGAGAAAUGCGUGUCAUGGAAGCGAUAGUAUAGAGAGCGCGCUGAAGGAGAUUCGAAUAUUCUUUCCGGAUUUUAAUUCUCAUGUAAAAGAAGAUCUUCAAAAAGGAUAAAUUUAAAGGAAAAAAAAUGCCAAAAAAUUA